AUGAGAAAUCGGUUCGAUUUGGCAAAUGGACAAAUCAGAGUGGACGUCCAGAGCCGACCGGCGAGCCGCACGGAGUGCCAAUCACCGUCGGCGGAACUCUGUCGCCGGCUCGCGGCCGUCGAUCCUAACAUGAAAGUGCCGAAGCCAGUAUAG